AUGGUGUCUAUUUCGUUCAACCCAUACACUUGGCACAGUACAAAAGAGCGAGUCAACUCUGAUGUUCUAGUCCUGAACUUGAAAAACGACAACAGCGAAAUGUUGGAAGUAUCAAGUCUAGACGAAGAAAUUGUCAUUGUUGUGCCGUUAAAACCACAAACACCUUCCAAGGAGAAGUCAUGGUAUUUUAUAAAGAAAGAUGAGCUACGUUUCCACGAGAUAAAUGUCACGCACAAAAAUACCCUACUGAUACUGGAAAUUUUACCGCAAGAUCCAACUGUACAUCUCCUUGUUUACAUGCGCUUUGGUCAGCGGCCAACGACCCAAGAAUAUGACCUCAAUGCUACUAUCUCCCAUAGCGGUAAUUGCGUGUGGAAGCCAACUGCGCAAGGCAAAAAAGAAGGAGAAACGGAGUGCUCUUUGAAUCCACUUACACCGAUAGAAGCUUUAGCUAAACGUCCGGGAAAGUACUAUCUUGGUUUCCUUAGCGUCGUAGUCAAAGACACCCCAGUCAGUAGCGCAGUUUAUGACUCCAAAACAUAUCAGAACUAUACUCUUAAGGUGGCUUUAGGAAGCUGUGUGUUCUGGUCGGAUAAGCAUGAGAUGUGGAUAACAACUGGCUGUCGGGUUUUAGCUGCAACAGAUGGUUUUAUAAACUGCAGUUGUAACCAUCUGACAGCAUUUGGAGGAAGUCUCUUAAUUAAACCGAAUCCUAUCGACUUUGACAAGGUUCAAGUGGAGUUUAAUAGGUUACCAGAGACUGGAAAUAUUGCAGUUAUUGUGACGUUAGCUACGAUCGUCUUCUGUUAUACGAUCGCACUCAUUAUUGUCAGGAAAACUGACAAACGCGACGGAAGAGAUCUUGGUCUUCCAACACAACUUCCAGCCCCAUCAAACUGUACAUACGAGUACGAAAUAGUGAUCACUACAGGGGUCUGGAAGAACUCUGGCACAACUGCUCAAGUUGCCAUGGAGAUUUACGGUUCUGAUGGAAAUAGUGGCAUUCUUCGGCUUUGCCAGGGAGAGCUUGGUGCAGAUGAUAUGUUAUUCUCUCGAGGUAAUUCAGACCUCUUUGUACUUAAUGUUAACAACUCACUUGGUGCAAUACAAGAAGUGCGGAUUGGUCAUGAUAACUCUGGUGACAGUCCCUCCUGGUUUUUAGAGGAAAUUUUGAUCCGUGACGUACAAUCUGAUCAGUCGUGGAAAUUCAUAGUCGGUCAGUGGUUCGCUCUUGAGCGCGGAGAUGGGCGUAUUGAGCGAAUAUUUGACUCAACUGCAACUCAACUAGAUUUCAGCAGCGAGGUUGCAAGACUAUGGCGGAGAGGCCUCGCACAGUCGCAUCUUUGGAUUUCAGUUGCAGCCAAGCCAAUAAGAAGCCGCUUUACAAGAGUACAGCGGGUUUCUUGCUGCUUUUCAUUGCUACUGGCAUCUAUGUUAGCUAACGCGAUGUUCUAUAAGCUAGAUGGCAAAUAUGAACAGCCUAUCCAAGUUGGACCGUUGAAAUUCUCGUGGAGACAAGUUGUUACUGGUAUUAAAAGUGCGCUUAUUGUGGCACCCAUAAACAUACUCUUAGUGUUCUUGUUUCAAAAAGGAGCCGAAAGUCUUCUACAGUUUGAUUUGGGAAAAGACUGUUAG